AUGCCCAAGAGAGGACGUGGAAAGGAAGUCGAAGAGUACGAGUCGGACGGCGGCUUCGUCGAAGAUGAUGGUCAUGAGGUCCCAAAGAGUAAGAAGAACAAGAAAACAGCCGUCGUCUCGAAAAGUACAGGAGCCUCGGGGAGCAGUUUCUGGGAGCUGUCAUCUGGGCGCACGCCACGAAGAGUUGAGAUCACGGAGUUCAAGAAUAUGAAGCUGGUCAACAUUCGUGAAUUUUAUGAGAAAAACGACGAGUACCUACCUGGCAAAAAGGGAAUCUCCUUGACCGUGGACCAAUACAAAGCAUUCCUGCAUGCAAUUCCUCAGAUCACCGCAAGCCUCAAGUCAUCUGGCAUUGAGUUUGACGAGACCGAACCCGCUCCAGAAAUCAAGGGUGAGCAGGAAGAGAAAAAGCAGAAAAGGACCGUCAAGAAGGAGUCUCGAGCUAACAUCGAGGAGACAAGCGAUGAAGAGGAAUGA